CUAGGGUCUGGGAGGAGAGGUUGCCUUAGCUCUAAAUGGCUAGCUUAUCUGCUACAGGGAUGGAGCUUCAGGAGCUCAAAAUGAAUGGAGAUUUCCCUGCGGGUGCUGUAAGCCCUAGUCAGGAACAUGAGGACAUUCUGCCCAACGAUGUUCCUGAUGCUGAGACGAAGCCGGUUCAGUUGGUGGAUGUGCGUGAUACCGGCACAGCCUGUGCUGGCUGCACCUGCUCCAACUCAAUUUCCCAACUGAUGCCGGCUGUUCCUCAGCCUAACUCGCUUCCUGACCCAGCUACUCAACUCCCAGAUUCUCCCCCUUCCCAGCCAGAGGGGAAGACAUCAUUUGGAAUGUCAGUGUUCAACCUCAGCAAUGCCAUCAUGGGCAGCGGCAUCCUGGGGCUGGCUUAUGCCAUGUCCCACACGGGCAUCAUCUUUUUCCUAGUCCUGCUGAUAUGCAUUGCACUUCUGUCUUCAUACUCCAUCCACCUCCUGCUGACCUGCUCCAGUGUCGUAGCCUAUGAACUUCUGGGACAGAGGGCAUUUGGGCCUGUGGGGAAGAUACUGGUGGCCAUUGUCAUCUGUCUGCACAACAUUGGGGCCAUGUCCAGUUACCUGUUCAUCAUCAAAUCUGAGCUCCCCCUGGUUAUCGGCACCUUCCUGCGUAUGAACCCUGAGGGGAACUGGUACUUGAAGGGCAACUUUCUCGUCAUCAUUGUCAGUGUGGUGAUCAUCCUUCCCCUGACCCUCAUGAGACAGUUGGGUUACCUGGGGUAUACCAGCGGUCUCUCUCUGUCCUGCAUGCUGUUUUUCCUCAUUUCGGUCAUCUAUAAGAAAUUCCAGAUUGGCUGUGCUAUAGUCUUCAGUGGGGCAGUGGUGCAGAAUGAAGAUUCCCUAGAAAUCCCCAUCCAAAUUUUCAACUACACCUGUGAGGCCCAGAUGUUUACGGUUGGCUCUCAGAUGUCCUACACAAUCCCCAUCAUGGCUUUUGCCUUCGUCUGCCACCCGGAGGUGCUGCCCAUCUACACAGAGCUCUGUCGGCCCACACAGCGCAGGAUGCAAGCCGUGGCCAAUGUGUCCAUCGGGGCCAUGUUUUUCAUGUACGCUCUCACGGCCACCUUUGGAUACCUAACCUUCUACAAUAGUGUGGGAGCAGAGAUGCUACACAUGUACAGCCAGAAUGACCUGCUCAUCCUCUGCGUGCGCCUGGCCGUGCUGCUGGCUGUGACUCUCACCGUGCCUGUCGUUCUGUUUCCUAUCCGCUGGGCUCUGCAGCAGCUGCUCUUCCCAAGGAAAAGCUUCAGCUGGUUACGACAUGUGCUCAUAGCCCUGAUCCUGCUGGUUUUGGUCAAUGUCCUUGUCAUCUGUGUGCCGACCAUCCGGGAUAUUUUUGCUAUUAUUGGGUCAACCUCUGCUCCCAGCCUCAUCUUCAUCCUUCCCAGCAUCUUCUACCUCCGCAUUGUACGCUCCGACACGGAGCCCCCCUACUCCUGGCCCAAGAUCCAGGCCCUGUGCUUUGGUAUCCUGGGGGUCCUCUUCAUGGCCAUCAGCCUGGGCUUUAUGUUUACCAACUGGGCUGUGGGCCACAGCCACAAGUCUGGACCCUGACCACGUCUGGCUUGGGUCCCUCUGCACUCUCCAGGGACCCUCUUCAGCCUGGCGUGUGACAGUGGCUGCUUCCCAUGACUGUGGCUGCCUAAGGUGGGGGACAGAGGCAUGCCUCCUCUGCAAAGAUGCUGAGUGUGGAGCAUGGCUCUAAUCUGAGCUCCACCCCUAAUGCCACAGUGGGAAAAAGACAGCCAGGUCCUUAGGAAAUCCUUGCUUAGUCCAGUCCUCUCUGCUUCCUCCUAGAUAAAGCUUUCUAUUAGUAGAAUUACUGUUGAAAUAAAAAUACUGAAAGACAA